GGAUCUGCGAUGUAACGGUGCGGGCCACACUUCGGAAGUUUUCAGAAGGAAAAAGAGCGUCAUGCCAGAGGGGUAAAAAGCGGAGAGGUGGUCGAUUUUUCUUUAUUGGGAUUGAUUUAUUGAUAGGCAGUGAUCAGACGCAUCCGAUUCAUCUGCAGUCCAUGCGCGAGCGAAACGAUCGACUGUAACAACAACAUAUGCUGAAUUUGAGUUGCAAAUCGCUGCGCGCAACCGCUUUGUAAUCGUAUCUCGACUUUGGAAAAAAAUUGCGUACAAACCAGCAAUGGCGCACGUCGUUGAUUCAGGGCCGAAAAACGACUCGGAAAAGAAGAUUGUACCGUCCCAGGACAGUUCAUCGGGAGAAAUGGACGUCCCUAAAAAUAAACUAUUUGAUGCCAAGGCAAUCUUAUGGACUUUUGGCAAAUGUCUCACAGCCUUGUUGCCCGUGUACCUGGCUGGUUACUAUCGGAUGAGCACUAGUUUAGUGGUGUUUGGGAUGAUGGUUUACGCAGGAUGGAAACACACUCGUGAGGCGAAGGAGGCGAGACUGAAGUCUGCAAUAGAGUUAGUCAACGACGAACAGGAAUACAUAUCCUCCAAAUCAUUCAGAAGUAGAAGAGACCUGCCUUCUUGGGUCAAUUUUCCAGAUGUGGAGAAGGUUGAAUGGCUCAACAAGGUUAUUCAGCAGGCCUGGCCAUUUAUUGGUCAGUAUUUAGAGAAGCUGCUGACGGAAACCAUUGCUCCAUCCAUCCGCGGCUCCAGCUCUCAUCUGCAGACGCUCAGCUUCACGAAGGUCGACUUUGGUGGCAAGCCUAUGAAGGUGGUUGGAGUGAAGGCUCAUGCAGAAAAUGAGAAAGGUCAAAUUCUGCUUGACGUUUACAUCAGUUACGUGGGGGACGUCGAGAUAAAUGUUGAGGUGAAGAGGUAUUUCUGCAAGGCUGGUGUGAAGGGAAUACAGCUUCAUGGAAUGAUGCGUGUGAUUUUGGAGCCUCUGAUCGGUGACGUCCCAAUCGUGGGUGCUGUAACCAUGUUCUUCAUUCAAAGACCUAAACUGACCAUCAACUGGACCGGUUUGACCAACCUGCUGGACGUUCCAGGGCUCAAUGUGAUGUCAGAUACUAUGAUCAUGGACGCGAUCGCUUCAUUCCUGGUUCUGCCCAAUCGUCUCACUGUUCCUCUAGUUGCAGACCUGCAUGUUUCUCAGCUGCGGUGCCCUUUACCCAGGGGAGUUGUGCGUAUUCACCUGCUGGAGGCUGAUGGUCUGGCUUCGACGGAUAACUAUGUGAAGGGUGUGAUGGCAGGCAUGUCUGACCCAUACGCCCUGCUCAGAGUCGGGCCGCAAACCUUCAAAUCCCGCCAUCUGGACAACACACUCAAUCCCAAAUGGGAUGAAAUGUAUGAGGUCAUUGCUCAUGAGGUGCCUGGUCAGGAGCUAGAGGUGGAAGUGUUUGAUAAAGAUCCUGAUCAUGAUGAUUUCCUGGGCAGGACAAAAUUAGAUUUGGGGAUUGUGAGGAAAUCUAAAAUAGUCGAUGAGUGGUUCAAUUUGAAAGACACCCCUUCAGGACGGAUUCAUCUCAGACUUGAGUGGCUGACACUAGAAGCCGACACAGAAAGACUAGAAGAGGUUAUGAAGAGAAAUGAAAGUGUGGUGAGUCAAACAGCAAAGCCUCCCUCAGCAGCCAUCUUGACAGUGUAUCUGGACAAGGCUGAGGCACUUCCUAUGAAGAAAGGCAAUAAGGAUCCCAAUCCGAUCGUUCAGAUCUCAGUGCAAGAUGUUACUCGUGACAGCCGGAUUUGCUGGAAUACGGUGAACCCCCAGUGGGAGGACGCUUUCACUUUCUUCAUCAGAGAUCCAAGCAAACAGGACAUUAGCAUACAGGUGAAGGAUAAUGACCGUGUUCAGGUUUUGGGAAGUCUGUCCAUUCCUGUAUCCCGUCUUCUCUCUUGCCAAGAUCUGACUUUGGAUGAGUGGUUUAAUCUGAAGAAUUCUGGUCCAGAAAGCCGCAUCCACAUCAACACAGUCCUCAGGGUGCUCUGGUUGGAUGAAGCCGCCGCAACUUCCUCUCUCCUCUCCAGUGACCCUCUUUCCAAGAGUUCAUGUCCACAGAAGACGACGCCCCAUUCCAGCUUCGCCACUGAGGGGAUAUUGCGUAUCCACCUUGUGGCGGCUCAAAAUCUGGUCGCCAAGGACAACAUGAUGGGAGGGAUGGUGAAGGGCAAGAGCGACCCGUAUGUCAAGAUCCAAAUUGGAGGUGAAACCUUUAAGAGUCGAGUGAUCAAGGAGAACCUCAGCCCCACCUGGAACGAGAUGUAUGAGGUGGUUUUGACGCAGCUUCCUGGUCAAGAGUUGACGCUGGAAGUUUUUGAUAAGGACAUGGACAUGAAAGAUGACUUUAUGGGCAGGCUGAAGAUGAAUCUGAGUGACAUAAUCAGCUCUCAAUACAUUAAUGAAUGGUUUACUCUGAGCGAUGUUAAGCGUGGCCAUGUUCAUCUCGUUCUUGAAUGGCUGCCCACUGUAACACAACCAGAGAAACUACAGCAGGUGUUGCAGUACCAGUCAAAGAGCUCAUACCUGAAUAAAAGCGUGCCGACUGCCGCUCUCCUGUUUGUGUAUGUGGAGCGCGCACAUGAGCUUCCUUUGAAGGAGAGUGGAAAGGAACCUAAAGUUGGAGCUGAGCUGAUUUUGAGGAGAACGUCUCAUAGAACCACGGUAUGCGAUCGCACCAGCUCUCCCCAGUGGGACGAGGCAUUUCACUUUCUGGUUCAGGAUCCAUUGAACGAAGACCUUGUUGUGAAGUUGACCCACAACUGGGACUUCUCUCUGGGAUCUGUGGUGAUUCCCGUCAGAGAGCUUCUCUCGGAGCCAGAUCUGAUGCUGGACCAGUGGCUCGAUCUGGAUGGAGCAUCAUCCCAGAGUCAGAUUCUACUCAGAGCUCAGCUGAAGAUUCUUUGCCCUAAAGAGACAGAGAGCUCUGAAGACCGUGAGGAACCUCAUCGUCCUGAAGCGUCCAGCAUUAGAAGAAAACAGGAGGAGGAAUUAGUGCAGAAGUCUAGCUUUGAGGAGGUCCCACCAUCUCCUGUCAGCAGGACUUCCUCUGUGUCAGUCCCAGAAGAGGAAGAUGUCCCAAAGGUCACAGACGUUUCCAGUUCAGAUGACCUUCGGCCCUUGCACACCAGCCCUGACCCCAGCUUUGGUGCUGAGGGCGUGCUCCGCCUCCACCUGCUGGAAGCUGAAGAUCUGGUCGCAAAGGACAACAUGAUUGGUAGGAAGGGGAAGAGUGACCCGUAUGUCAAGAUCCUUAUCGGAGACACAGUCUUUAAGAGUCAUGUGAUCAAGGAGAACCUCAACCCCGUCUGGAACGAGAUGUAUGAGCUGGUUAUGACCUCCAGGUCGACCUCUGAUGUCCUCGUGGAGGUUUUCGACAAGGAUAUGGACAAAGACGACUUUUUAGGGAGGGUGAAAAUCAGCUUACAGGAGAUCAUUCAGUCUCAGCUGACUGACAAAUGGUUUUCUCUGAGUGACGUCAAACAUGGCCGGGUUCAUAUGAUUCUGGAAUGGCUGCCCACAGUCACACAACGUGACAGACUACAAAAGGCUCUGCAGUUACAGUCCGAGCAUUCGUACCAGAACAAAUCUGUGGCGUCAGCAGCUCUGUUCUUCAUCCUCUUGGAGAGAGCUCAUGACCUGCCGCUGAAGAAGAGUGGAAAGGAGCCUAAAGCUGCUGCAGAGCUGGUGCUGGGUGACAUUUCUCAUAAAACCAAGGUGUGUGACCGCUCCACGUCUCCUGAGUGGAGUGAAGCUUUUCACUUCCUCAUUCACAACCCUACAGAGGAAAUUCUUAUUAUAAAGCUUUCAAGUGCCUUUGAGCAGCCCUUAGGCUCUGUGGUUCUACCAAUCAGAGAGCUGCUUUCAAAACCAGGUCUACUGAUGGACCAGUGGUUGAGUCUGGAUGGAGCAGGUCCUGACAGUCAGAUUCUGCUGAGGGCACAACUUAAGAUUUUGGACUCAAGUUUGGAUACAAGUGUCCUUCAUCGUAAAAAGCCUGUUGUUGGAGAAGAGCAUUCAGUGAGUGAACAGCCUGAAGAAAAAGCACAGUCACUGUUGAUCAUGAAAACACAGCUUGACACUGAGGAUCUCAGCAAUGUUGCUGAUUCCACUUCCAGUGAAGGUGGAUAUAUGGAACCAGUCAAAACAUUUGGAUCACCACAUGAAGAGCAAAAACACAUGGAAAAACCAAAGGAGCAGUCUCCCAAGAAGGUUUCUCCCAGUGUCCCUGCAGAGGAGUCAAAAGUCUCUAGCUCCACAGACGUACGACCCCAUAUUACGAGCCAUGACCCCAGCUUUGGCACCAAGGGGGUGCUGCGCAUCCAUCUUUUGGAAGCUCAGGAUCUGGUAGCGAAGGACAACAUGAUGGGAGGGAUGAUGAAGGGCAAGAGCGACCCGUAUGUCAAGAUUCAUAUCGGAGACACAACCUUUAAGAGUCACGUGAUCAAGGAGAACCUGAACCCCAUCUGGAACGAGAUGUAUGAGAUGGUUCUGAGACCUGAUUAUAAUCUAGAUGUGAAGUUUGAGGUCUAUGAUAAGGAUUUUGAAUCGGAUGAUUUCCUUGGAAGGUUUAAGCUCAAACUUGGCCAUAUCAUCAGUUCCCAGUAUGAUGAUGAAUGGUUUACUUUGAAUGAUAUAAAACACGGUCGAGUCCAUUUGGUCCUGGAAUGGCUUCCCACCUCAACACAGCAGGAUAGACUGGAUCAAGUAAUGCAGAUGCAAAGCUCUCAGACCUACCAGAACAAGUGUGUGCCGUCAGCAGCGUUGUUGUUUAUUUAUUUAGAAAGAGCUCAUGAUCUUCCUUUGAAGAAAAGUGGAAAGGAACCCAAAGCUGCUGCUGAACUUGUACUUGGAGCAACAUCUUAUAAAACCAAGGUGUGUGAUCGAUCAACUUCUCCUCACUGGAGUGAAGCAUUUGACUUUCUGGUUCAUGACCCCAAAAAGGACAUACUUGUCAUUAAGAUCUCAAGCGCCUGGGACCAAUCCAUGGGCUCUGUGGUUCUACCAAUCAGAGAGCUGCUCUCAAAACCAGAUCUACUGAUGGACCAGUGGUUGAGUCUGGAUGGAGCUUCACCAAAGAGCCAGAUCCUACUCCGAGCACAGCUGAAGAUCUUGGAUUCAAAAAUGGCUGCCUUAAUAGCCAUGGGUUCAGGUCCUGUGUUGAGUAAUAAGCAGACGGCCACCACUGGUCACAUUAAAAUCUCCCUUUCCUUCCAGAAGAAGUUGACCGUGAUCAUCCAUGCAUGCAGGGGUCUGGUUACAUCAUCUAAGGACAGCUUAGACACCUAUGUCUCCCUCAUUCUGCUGCCGGAUAAAAGCAAGGCCACCAAAAGAAAGACAAGUGUGAAGAAGAAAAGUCUGAGCCCAGAGUUCAAUGAAAGGUUUGAGUUUGAUAUGAGUGUGGAGGACGCUCAGAGACGAGAGCUCAGCAUCUGUGUGAAAAACGCAUCCUCAUCCUUCAUGAAUCGAGACAAAGACUUGAUCGGCCAGGUGCAGAUAGACCUGGGACAUGCUGACUUAAUCUCUGGAGUCACAGAAUGGUUUGAUCUAAAAGAAGAGCAGAACUAAUUAACACAGUGCUCUUAAACCUCUUCCUGAAGUUCAGCAGGUUAACUCCGCUGUCGUGUAUCGCUGCCAGUGCUUCCCUUCCCUCUUUAUUACUUCA